UAUUUAUUUUAAGCACCUUACAUACAUAGGCUUUUUUUUUUCAUACAUAGGCUCUUUCAUUCCUGUUAUUGUCCACUUUGUAGAUGAAGAAAUCAAGGCCCAGAAAAAUUAAUUUGCUCAUAAUCUCACAACUGCUAAUAGAGGUUAUGACUUGUACUCCAGGCUCUACAACAGAACUUGGACUGCAGGUCCACAGAGCCGGGUCAGAAGGCAGCUGGGUGUGCCUGUCACAUCUUGAGAGAAUGUGGGUUGUGAGUACCAUGUCCUGUUUACCUGUGGGGAGGUCAGACCCUUGAGUCAGACAUCAUGUUGGGCUGCUUUGCUGGAGCUGUCAUAUUGUGUAGGUGUCCAGAUACUCCGGAAGAAAAAGAUUCCCAGCAUUCUUAGUGGCCACUGUCCUGAAGUCAAGGCAGAGGUGUCAGCUGGAGUUGCACACCUUGGAAAUAAAUCUGGGGAUCUUGUUUUACAAGAACACCGCGUGUGUGUGGGUGUUGUUCACAUAUAAUACGGUGAUUGAAGGCAGAGUUACAGCCUGGCAGCAUCCAAACAUCUAAGAGCCAGUUAAAGGUCAGGCAGAAGGGGCAGUAUAACUAACCACAAACUCUGCGUGGGGUUGUGAAAGAUUGUGAGCAGGCCGGGAAUAUAACUCAACCGCACAGCUCCUCCCUGGCAAGUGUGAUGUCCCGCGUUCCAUUCCUGGUGCAAAAAAAAAAGUGAGCAACUGACAAAUGAGCCUAGAGUAUCGCGGACCUGGGGAUCCGCACAUAGCAUCAUUUAUGAGUGCUGGGAGAGACACAGUUCGUGGAAGGGACAAUGGAUGAUAAAGUGCACCUGGCAACACGGGGACUGGCCGGUCGCCUCCCCAGCUCCGCCACCUCCAGCAUUCCGGUCUCCCGCCUCCUCCACCCCCACGCGUGCCGCCGCGGGGAGGCGCCCCACAGCCGCGUGACGCCUCGAGGGCCGGGCCUCACUAUUAAAAGGAGAAAGAGUCCGCGGCGCCGGCCCCAGGAUUCGAUCCGGGCCGUAAGAGGGUCGGCCCGUUCUGUCCACAGAGUUAGCGAAGAGCUCGGGUCCACGAUGCAACUCUUGGUGAGGGUGCCUUCUCUUCCGGAGAGCGGCGAGCUGGACUGCAACAUCUGCUACCGACCCUUCAACCUCGGGGGCCGCGCGCCCCGCCGCCUGCCCGGCACGGCGCGCGCCCGCUGCGGCCACACGCUCUGCACCGCCUGCCUGAGCCAGCUGGCCGCGCGCGGGGAGGGCAGCGGGGCGGCGGCGCGCGUGGUGCGCCUGCGCCGCGUCGUCACGUGCCCCUUCUGCCGCGCGCCGACCCCUCUUCCUCGCGGCGGCGUCGCGGAGGUCGCUCUGGACGCAGCCGUGUGGUCGCGACUGGAAGAAAAAGCCCAAGCGGACCGCGAACGAGGAGAGACCGGGAGCCCGGCCACGGAAAGCGGCGACGCCGACGGAGGAGGCGAGUGCGAGGAGGAGGCGGGGCCUAGAAGCUCGGGGUGGCGCGCCCUCCGGCGGCUCUGGAACCGGGUGCUGCUGCCCGCGCGGCGCUGGCGGCGUCCGCUGCCUAGCAACGUGCUGUAUUGCCCAGAGAUCAAGGACAUUGCCCGCAUGACCCGGUGCACGCUGUAACUGAGGAAGACCGAAGCUAUGAAAGAAGGUGGGAGCUGAUGCGCUUUAGUAGAGGCGUCUGAUGUCGAGACUACACACUUCUCUGUCCUGAGAUUGGAGUGCGUGAGGGAGUUGAGCCGAGGGCUGGAGGGAGCACCCCGGGAGGUUGUUGAUGUUGAGCUGGGGAAGGCCCAAGACUAACUUGCCCGCAUGUACUGAUUGUGCCAGCAUUGCAUUUGCAAGAUGGAGUAGUCCAGAGACAAUGUAAACGAAGCCUACGUUACAGUAGGAAGAAAACAGGCUGUUGGGUUUGGCUUCUGUCCAGCGUGACUGUGGUAUGUGGGAGCAACAGAUCUCAUUUUAGCAGUUGUCAGUGGUUUGCAAUUUUAAAAAAGAUGGGAAGUCAUGGUAAUCUCACUUCUCUGGCAUGUAAGGACACUCAUGUGCCUGCUGUCUCCCCACUCCCAGUCGUAUUCCAGAAAUUACUGUGAUGCCUCCGUGUUAUGAUUAGAGCCUCGCUUCAUUUCUCAAUCUGCCUUCAGCCUGCUAGGGCAAGUGGUAGAAGGUUCAGUGGCCUUUUAUGUGAGGCAUCCGACUAAGGCUUAUCAAGACUGGAAAGAGCGCCAUUUGGAGAGAGCAUCGCCAUAUAAAAUUUUGAUAUCUGUGUUCACAAGGACACUGGCACUACUGGAAAACAUGCUUAUAUAAUUUUAAACUUGCGUCCUAUGGUAGGACACCACCUGUUGUGUGGCAUGAAUUGCUUCCAGUCAUGGUGGGGAACCAGCACUGGUGUCACUGGGAGCUUGCUGGAAAUGUAGAAUUUCUGGAUUCUACCCCCACUUAGGCUGCACUUUUUUUUUUUAAAUCAUUAGCGGGGAUUGAACUCACGACCGCCUGCUUGCAAGGCAGGUGCUUAUGCCGCUGAGCUAAAUCCCCAGUCCCUAGACUGCACUUUUUAACAGUCCCAGUGACUCAUGUGCAUACAGAUUGAAGCACUAGUCUGGAUCCUGGACACACUACUGUAUCACUAUCUGUAGGUAUAAUAUUUACUAUGUAAUGUUAUAGUGUCUUAUUGUAAGUUCCCUCUAUAGCAUUCUGUUGAAGACAGUUUACAUUUUUCUGAGUUAAAAAUGUGUAUUUAAGUAUAGACCUCAAUUAGGGGCCCCUCAAUUAGGGGCCUCCGAGGUUUAUGUUUGAGGGACAGAUCAUAAAUGUAUCCAUUUUUGGAUAUAAACAUCUUUUUGAAAAUUACGCUUUGCUAUUUCCUACCGUUACGUUCCCUUUUGAAAGCCUCUUUCCCUAUCCUCUGUAUUACAUGAUUGCCUUCCUGCGGUUUUACUAAUUUCCUAGUGUUUCACCUUCUGUAAUUGUCCCCUACUCUAUGAGAGCGACGAGUGACUUGUAAGUUUUGUCUCCAGGCCCAACAGCAGUAUUAAUGUAUAUUAUGCACUCAAUAAAUAUUUGUUGGAUAUCUCUUUUUAAUAUAA